AUGCCAGGAAUUAAAGAUGCGCUUGAUGAGAUUUGUAAAUUGAAGCCAGGCGAAAAACUUGUAUAUACUCAUAUUGCAAAAAAAAAAAAAAAUGGUGUUGCGUGUUCUACGUUGUCGCGCGCGCACCGACUCGUUACAAUGACAACAAACAGCCGCAAACUCAACGACCAGCAGGAAUCUGACCUUAUCAAUUAUAUUGAGUGGCUUACAGCGUGUCACCUACCACCUACAAGAGCUAUGGUUCAAAAUUUUGCAUCUGCUGUUGCCUCAACUCCUUGCUCUGAUAAGUGGGUUACCCGCUUCCUCCACCAUCACCGCAACCAGCUCACCUCUCAAUGGGUGACGGGUAUGAACUCUAACUGCCACAACACUGAGUCAGGGUAUAAGUACAAGUUGUACUUCAAGCUUCUGCAGCAGAAG